UUCAGUUCGAAGGGGAAAAAAAACAACCAGGAAGUUAAACAGAGGAGGAAACAUAGUCGCUUCGGCCGAGCAUCAAACUUUCACGUCCUUAAAAAGGUUUUUAUGAGGUGUCAAAUAAAAACGUCAACUUAAAACUAAGUUGAUCCGUUGUGUUGCGGUCAGAGGACAUUGUUUCCAACAAGAUGGACAUUGAUCCGGAGCGGGGAGGAGUGGCGGCAGCACCAGAGCCCCAGGACAAGGUGCAGGCCUUGAAGGAUCAGGUAGAUGGAGUGAAAAACAUCAUGACCCAGAAUGUGGACCGCAUCCUGGCCCGAGGAGAGAGACUGGAUGACCUCAUGGACAAAUCAGAGGGCCUGCAAGCAGGGGCUCAGCACUUCAAGCAGACGUCUCAGAAAGUGGCUCGCUCCUAUUGGUGGAAGAACGUCAAGCUGAUCGUGGUCAUCGUGAUAGUCGUCCUUAUCAUCGUCCUCAUCAUCGUCCUGCUGGCCACUGGGGUCAUCCCUGUCAGUGCCCCUUUGCCUCCUGUAGUCAAUCCCACCCACAAGCCAUAAACACAGACACACACAUAUGUACAUAUUGAAACAAUUAAAUCAUAAACACAUUCCUUUUGCACAGUAAACAAAGUAAUAUAUAAACUCAAGCAAAUCACUGCUGUCUGGUGAAACCUGUUCUAUUUCUUAGUUUGUUUCUACUGGUAAUUUUCACGCUUAUACUGGAAUCCAAGGACUUCAUGGUUUGAUUUAAGGAACUUUAAACUUUUGAAACUUUCAAACACAGUUCUGUCUUAGCCAUCUUUGAAUCUGUGCAGAACUAAACAAAAGGUCUCUGUAAGGUCGGAGGUCCUCACCUGACAGCAGAAGAAAAACACUUGUCCCCGUUCUCAAAGGACGUUUCAUAACACCACCGUCAGCUCUUUGUUUAACUGUUUCACCACCAGCGGUUAUUUAAUCCUAACAAAGAGGAAGUCACUUUAUAAUGAAGGUGGCUGCCUCCAGUCUCUUUCUAGACAUUCUAUUUGUCACUUGUGUGCACUACAGAGGACGGUUCGAAACAGUUCAAAAGAUGAACAAUGCAGUGUCUAAAAGGAUUUUUUUUUCUUUGGAGAAAUGCACCAAGCACAAACAAUUUUAGGUCACAGUUUAUUUAAUGAAAGGCUGAAAUUGUGUGUUGGAAAUGUGUGUUACCAUUUGUGGGCGUAUCCCUUUUAAAGUGCUUCCAGUUUCUUUGUAUUCAGACGUCUAGGAAAAAAAAGAGAAGCUUAUUGAAUGUAUACACGUAGCACUGCUUUAGUUGUAUAGCUCCUUAACUGGUGUUUGAGGAGAUGUUCCUGCUCUGUCAAUAGUACACAGUGGAAGUUGAAAAACAGUUUUUAUGUGCAAAAAAACAUCUGUCGUAAAUCACGUAAUUAUAAUAUAUUUUGAAGUGUGUUGGGAUUUAAAACACCAGCAGUGGCUACCACACAGAAUCCAGGAGUUUAUCUUUAAAUGUACGUAGAGUUUAAUUUGGGCCAUGAAGGUGAAGACGACGCCUUUUUUUUUUCUGCUCACCUGAAGUGAGUGGUCCUGUAGAGGGGAAGAAAACACAGAACUGUAGAUUUGUACAUUUGUGCUGUGUAGUAUCAUCAGCCUUUUUUACUGAUCAUCUUAGCUCUUUCCCUCAUUGUGUCUUAACUCUAGAAAUAUUGCAGUUUGAACAUAGGGCUUUGGUACUUGACUUAAUAAGAAAAAAAAAAACAAAAACCAGGGUGAGCUGUUAAAGUUCUGCUCUAAAGUUGGAGGAUCGGCCUCCUCCAGCCGGCCAGCUGAGAGAGAUCAUUUACAGUCCUUUUGAUGGCUCCCCCUGCUGGGCCCGUGUCAACCUAACAGCCCUCACAGUUACAGCAGCUUAAAAAUGGAAAAUUACAAAGGACAGCUUAAAAAAAAAAAAAAAAAAACCUGCUCUGCUGUCACAGUACCAGUUUAGCUUCAAAGAGGUCAAAGUGAUACCCAUUAUGAACUGUAUAUAGUCAGUAUAUUCUCACCUCUGUGUAUUUGCAGCAGCUUUUAACCAGUGUGUUAAUGAAAGUAUCUGUUCCAUAGAGGCUAUUUAUUUAAUGCUUUAUGUUACUCAUGUUCAUUCUUUUUUUUUUUGUUUUUAAUCAAAAAUGGGCCAAUGAAAGCUGGAUGUGAUUUCUGGAAGAGCAAAUAGUCCAGACUGAUUCAUUAUAAAGUAGGACAGUUCAAAUACUCUGCUGCUCAAUCACUUUUUAGAAGUAGGUAUAAAAGGAAGCUGUGCUGGAACAAAUUCUUCACUGUUUGUGUUUUUUUACAUGCUUCUGGGAUGCAGUCCUAAUGUCAUCGCCUUUUUAAUCCACUGAUUCUGACCUGAUCAAUGCUGUGUGUGACCACUGUCCUGUAUCUGUUCAUACAGGCUCCAGCUGUCUGUCGCUGUUGAAAGGCUUUUUACAAUGUUGUUAACUAAGGGUCUUAUACUGAUGACUGGAUGACUGGCAUUUAAUAGUUUUAAUGGUCUGAUAUGAAAUAAAUAGUAUUUACUCCA